AGAGACUCAGGUGAAGCGCGGACGGAGGGAGGCUGUCGCUUUAAGAAGUUGUUGCAUGGAGAAGCUGGUGAUUUUCCACUCAAACUGAUAUUUAACCAAACGCGCACAAGCGGAUAGAAACAAUGGUCUCUCAGAAAAAUAGAUGAUAUAGUUUCACUUUAAACUUAUACGCUACAAAAACAAGGAACAACAGGCUGCCUAUUACGACGAGAGCAUGGCACAAAAAGAGAAAUUCCAAUGCUUAAAGGAUUUUCACAAGGACACCCUGAAACCUUCGCCGGGGAAGAGCCCAGGCACACGGCCUGAGGACGAGGCUGAAGGCAAGGCUCCUCAGAGAGAGAAGUGGGCCAGUAAGCUCGACUUUGUCCUGUCCGUAGCCGGAGGCUUUGUUGGAUUAGGAAACGUCUGGCGCUUUCCUUACCUUUGUUAUAAAAAUGGUGGAGGUGCGUUUCUCAUCCCUUACUUCAUCUUCCUGUUUGGGGGUGGCCUGCCUGUGUUCUUCCUGGAGGUCGCACUGGGCCAGUACACCUCUGAAGGAGGGAUCACCUGCUGGGCCAAGCUCUGCCCCAUCUUCACUGGUAUUGGCUAUGCCUCUGUCGUGAUCGUAUCUCUACUAAACAUCUAUUACAUUGUGAUCUUGGCCUGGGGACUCUACUACCUGUUUCAGUGCUUUCAGCCGGAACUCCCCUGGUCUAAAUGCAACCAGCCCUGGAACACCGAAUACUGUAUAGAGGACACAGUCCGCAAGAACAAAACCCUAUGGCUAGCAGCCAACAUGACCAACUUUACCUCCCCUGUCACCGAGUUCUGGGAACGCAACGUACUGAGCAUCUCCACUGGGAUUGAGGACAUAGGGCCCCUGAAGUGGGACCUGGCCCUGUGUCUCCUAGCAGUGUGGGUUGUCUGCUUCUUCUGCAUCUGGAAGGGAGUUAAGACCACUGGGAAAGUGGUGUACAUAACAGCAACUUUCCCAUUUGUGAUGCUGAUUGUGCUUCUGGUGCGUGGAGUGACCCUGCCUGGGGCAUCUGAAGGGAUCAAAUUCUACCUUUACCCUAACCUGACCCGCCUACAAGACCCAGAGGUGUGGAUUGAUGCGGGGACCCAGAUUUUCUUCUCUUACGCCAUUUGCCUGGGAGCCAUGACAUCACUGGGGAGCUACAACAAAUACAAAUACAAUUGCUACAGGGACUGUUUGCUGCUGGGAGGCCUCAACAGCGGUACCAGUUUUGUGUCUGGCUUCGCAAUAUUUUCCGUCCUGGGCUUCAUGGCACAAGAACAAGGGGUGGACAUUGCCGAUGUGGCAGAGUCAGGUCCUGGCUUGGCCUUCAUUGCCUACCCUAAAGCUGUGUCCAUGAUGCCGCUGCCAACCCUCUGGGCCGUCCUCUUCUUUAUCAUGCUGCUGCUUCUGGGCCUUGACAGCCAGUUUGUUGAAGUGGAAGGACAGAUCACCUCUAUUGUGGAUCUAUAUCCGGCCAUCCUCAGGAAGGGUUACCGACGGGAGAUCUUUAUAGCUGUGAUGUGUUUCAUGAGCUAUCUCUUGGGACUUGCCAUGGUAACAAAAGGUGGCAUGUAUGUGUUUCAACUCUUUGACUACUAUGCAGCCAGUGGUGUGUGCCUUUUGUGGGUUGCAUUCUUUGAAUGCAUUGCUGUAGCCUGGGUUUAUGGAGUUGAUAAUUUCUACGAUGGCGUUGAGGAUAUGAUUGGCUACAGACCAAACGCGUGGAUGAAAUGGAGCUGGACCAUAAUUACUCCUGUCCUCUGCAUGGGCUGCUUUGUCUUCUCCUUGGUCAAGUACAAGCCCUUGACCUAUAACAAGGUGUAUGAGUACCCGGACUGGGCCAUCGGUUUGGGCUGGUUAAUGGCCCUGUCCUCCAUGAUGUGUAUUCCCAUGGUGAUGGUCAUCAAGAUCUUACAGUCUGAGGGAUCCCUGAUUGAGAGGAUCAAAGCAGUGGCAGCCCCAGCGAAGUCAGGCGUGAGCUCUCGCCCAAAAGAGUACAACUUGAAGGGCAACGAGUUGACACAGCCCCUGGACCCAAGCAGUAACAAUGGCUUGAUCAAGCCCACCCACACCAUUGUAGAAACAACUAUGUGAGCACUCUCUGUGAGAGGAAAAAGAUUAAUGUGCUUUCUGUAUUAUUAUCAUAUUUGCUAACUUUGAUAAUAGUAGAUUUGCAUCAUCCAUUAUAUUCACAUUAGAGAUACCCUGGUUUGAUUUAUAUGAAGAGAGUUAUAUAUUAUUGUUGUAAUGUUUUAUUCUCUAAUUGUUUUUUUAUUUUUUACUAUAUUGAUAUUGUUGAUUACAUUUGUUGUUUCUGUAGUUGGCACUGAUCUCAGUUUAGGCACUUUUUGAGAUAGAAAAAGUUCAUUGUUUACUACAUUUCUGUUGAUUCCAGAGACGAGAUAAGGAAUUAGCUUUUUUUGGGUGUAAUAGAAGAAAAGAUUAAAUUCUCACUUCACAUAAAUUUGGUAAACUAAACAAGUAAUUAACCGCGUAUAAGAAAACUAAACAUCCUCACGAUUGUGGCAGUCUCGUUGCCCAAGCUAACCUCUAAUUUUGUUGUUGUUGUUGUUGUUGUUGUUGUUGUUCAUCCCUGCAGUUAAAAUGAAUGUACCUCGCUAGAAGCGGAAGUGAGCCACCCACGUCUCUCAGAGUAAACACAGCAUUUUAAGUGGCAAUAUGCAGUGAAUAGAGUUAAACUUGCUUUACAUCCUUUAAAUUACAAGUUGAACAAGGCGUUGGCCAAAUACUGUGAGAAAUGCAUUCAUAAGAAGAUCUAUCCAUCCUCAAAAACAGAAUGAGAUAAAAAAAAACAGCUAAGGAAGAGGAAAUAAGGAGAAAAGGGAAGUGGCAUUUUUAGAGUAUUUGUACACAGCCUGUGUGACUUCUAUAGUCAGUCCCAGUGCAUUUUUUGAAACCUCUUUUUGCACUUUAUGUAAUUUCACCUUUAUUGUAGUAUUUGUUUUUAUUGUUGCAAGGUAGUUGCAUUUGCAACACAUUUCAGGAAGAAAUAUAUUUUUAGCUUCUAACUUUUUUUGAUAUUGUAAACUUUGGUAUACAGCAUCUAUUUGUCUUCUUGCUAAGAUGAUAACAAAUUAGAAUAGAAAUCUGACAUCAAUAUAUAUUUAGAAGGAUCUGUGAGAACAUCACUUUAAACUAAAAACAUUACUUUUUCUAAGUAUCCUGACAACUCUCCAUCGUGCUCAUUACAGAAGCAGACAUGCUAUGCAGAACUACCACUGGAUUCUAGUUUUUAGUGAUCGGUUUAGGCAUUUGUAUUGUAGAAUUUGAAUUGUUUGUAAAUCACAUAUGCCUUUUGUAACAAUUUUAUACUGUACAUGACAUAAAAAACCAUCACUGAUAAAUUAUUUUUGCUGAAAACUCAAAAAAAGCAAUUUGUUUCUAAAUAUUGAUUACAUUGUGAGCCAGGAUUACAUUUUUCAGUGUGCAAUAUUCACUGAAGCAUUGGCAUUCUGUGCUCGCUCAAAAUGCACCAUCAAAUUUAGAAUAAUGUUCAAAAAUCCAUCAAAUUGCACAGUUGGAUACAAAAUCUAAAACAUGUGCAGGAGCCACCACAAUACCAAGCUGCUUUGUCUGUUAAAAUCUUGGAGAUUCAUGUGUACCAAAGUAUUUUUGUCUCACAGUUGUCCCCUUUUGAGAUGCACAUUGCAUCAUUUCUAUAUAGAUUACAAAUAAACAUAUUUUUUCUUUGGA